GCUUUGAAGGCACACAUCGGCGCGCGCACAGCAUGUUUGAGCCUCAUCCGCAUCGGUACACCAUCUCAAGGACAGACGGAGUUCUGCUCAGAGGAAAGUAACGGCGUGCCUAUGUGGAUCUAAAACUGCUGUGAAAACGUGUCGAGCAUCCACAGAAAAAGGUACGUUUUCCACGGAUGUCGUUAGCAAUGAUUAAUCCGACAGUAGUGGCCAAGAGGACAGGAGGGCUGUCGCAGGAUGGUCAGAAAUAGGCGUGUGUCUGUGUUGUGUGUCCAAGGUAACAUUGCUAACAGUGACUGGCUGAUUCAGUGAUGAGAUAGACACAGACAACAGCCAGGGCUUUGACUCUGUCCUUCAGCUCCUUAUAAAUCAUCCUCACUGUACAAUUACAAAGCCUUUACUGGCCCCCACUCUUACUUAAGGGACUCCAGACUGUUUAUAUCUCCAGAUUCGUGCUUAUAAGAGGACCGCUAUUUUGUUUGUUCUGUGUCUUUAGACGGAUACAUAGGUAUUUCAUGACAUUUAACGUAAAAACAUAAAAAAAAAAAAAAAAUGGUGUGAAUUGUUGAAGUUCUUUUUAAAAUAUUUAUAUUUGUGUCUUUGGUGAAAAAUGCAAAAGAUGGUGUCACUGUCAUACAUGUUAAAUGUGGAAUUUAACCUACAUGUUUGAUAGAUUUCUAAAUGUCUGGUGUUGUGGAUGUAGACAGUUUUUGAAAAUACCAGGAGUACCUGGCUGCAGACCUUAGUAAAAGCCCAGGGACUGAGGGAAGUUCAGCCUUUGUCUCAGCUGCUAUCGGUAAAUCAGGUCAUCUCACCAGCAAAAGUUGUCAUCCUUCUAACCAGUGGCGGAUCUAGGGGGUGGCUACUAGGACUCAAGCCCCGCAUGUUUUCUCAAGAGCCCCGGAUCUUGGAUCUGAGCUGGUCUGAGUUUAAUGUGCAGUACUUGACUUCACCAGAGAGUGGCAGCAUGCGCAGGAAAGCAGCCUGUAGCCUUCCUGUUCAGAAGAAGAAGUGUUUCCCUCUUGUGGCUGUUACUACUCCUCUACUCUACUGCCAGCGUCUAACGACGAGUCAAGUGCCUCCACAGCAAAUUUUAACCCAUUUAAACCGGGACAGCAUGUACGUAUUUCAACCUUCCAAGCCGGGAGAAGCGUAAACGCAUUUCAACCUUCCAAGCCGGUGUUGUGUCGUAGAAUGCACCUCUGCUGUAGAAUGCACCCCUGACAGUAGUGCGGUUGAAAGUACAUAACAGGGCAAAAUAAUCCAAGUUUUUCUCACCAUUUUACGGAAUCUAAAGCGUGUGCCUUUAAUGAUUUCAUUCAGGCUAUUCAGAUAUGCUGAAAACAAUAGCCCUCUGAUUCGGAAUAUUUGCUGUCCUGAAAAUAUAAUGUUCUCUACCUUGACGGCUUACUGUACAGUUUAUACACCCAAGUACACCUCUGUAUGUGCAUUUUUGAGACACAUAAAAACAAAAUGAAAGUUUGCCGCUCCAUUUGACAUGUUGUCAUGAUCGAAUACCCGUGUUUUUUCUUUAUUAUGAGAUCAUUUUCUUCCACUUCAAGAAGCUAAUGAGUGGAGGGGAUGCAUUCUAUGGCAUGGGUGCAUUCUACGGCACAACACCGGCAGCGCUGCUGCGCAUGUCUACUCUUUAAGCCGGGGGCGCGGAUACGUCAUUUUGUAACAUUCUGUAGUUUUUCAAUCAUUUCUGGAGUCAUGGCGAAUCAAAUCACACUGUCAGCAAAGGCUACACAAUAAAAAAUAGCUAAAAAACAUAGGGCAGGAGAGUGAAAAGGAGAAAGUGAGUCAAAUGGCUAUUUGUAACAAACACAAUAUAUCUGGAUGUUUCAUAGGUUUUAUUUGUAAAUAGUUAUUUUUGAAUUUUAGUUCAUGAGUGAGUAAAGAGGAGAAGACAGGAGAUGACAUUCCUAUAACAUUCAAAAGCAGAAGAGGAGGCAUGACAAGACAAGAAGACAGCUCUGAAAUGUAUUUUAAGAGUGAGGAAGACAAAGUAGAGGAAGGAGUGAAGAGAAAGUGAGGGGAAAAAAAUAACAGAAAUGGAAAUCAUACAAAAACUUUCAGAGAAAGCAAAAGAGAGAGACAGCAGAUGUUAAAGGGUUGAGAAUAAAAGAUUGAAGAACAGAGCAGUAAAGGACAGCAGAGGUGCCAGCCAGGAUUACAGGUAUAGCUGUAAGGAAAUAAGAUGCAUUUUAUUGUACUUUAUUUCACAUCUUUAGUUUAUGAUCAGGCGGAAUAACUUUUUUGUUUUAUAUUUCCUUCUUUUAGUGGAUGUGAGGCAUAUGUUCAUGACAUAAGACAUUGACUUCAACAAGGCUAGUCGUAGGACAUUUGCAUCAUUAAAGGGUCUGAAUUUUUAAGUGUUCUCCUUCGUGUCCUUUGCCAGCUUUAAAUUGGUGGUAAGCUGAAGUAAAGUAAAAUUGUAGUUUUGUGUGCAUUGUAGCAAAAAAAGGUGGAAAAAGUAAAUCGGCAUCUGCACCCUCGGGGCUAAGCCCCUGAUCGCCUAGAAUCCUAGAUCUGCCCCUGCUCCUAACUUUAACAGUAAUAACUCAACAGACUUUGAGAGUUCCAUCCUGUAACCUGCAGUUUGGACUUAAUCUGGGUUUUUUAAAUGGCUGUGGCCCACUUUGGCCAUGUCAUUUUACUGCAAGUCAGUAUGAUGUACCGUUACAUUUUAGGAGGUGAUAAUGUAAAUUUGGUGAUAUCAUGUUAUGUACAAAAUUGUCAACUUAUUUUUGUUCACCAGACUGAAGAUUUUCCUGUAGUAAAAAGAAAAAUAAUCACUUGUCUAUUAAGUCUGGUGUCAACCAGCAAAUAUGAUGACACCACAUCCAUAGAGGUCAAAAAAUUAAAAAUGAUCGGGCUGACUUUUAGAACAGCCUGUACCCCAUUAAUUCUCCUCAUUUAUUUUGUAUCAGAACAUGCUGCUGGGCAAUGUAUUUUUGGAUUCUGGGUUAUUGUUGUAGUGCUGCUUUUUAUUUACCUGUCUCUUUAAUUAAAUUAAAAGCGGAACAAACAAAUAAUAAAAAGAGCUGUUUGAGAGCACCAGGAGGUAAUGCUCCCAAAAGGAUUAAUGGUGUACUGCUGAAGAGGACAGGAGGAGGCAGGAAGAUGAGGAGAAUAGGGAAAGAAGCAGGAUGAGGAGUGGGGAGAGCAGGCAGGGGAGCAGGAGGAGGAGAGAGGAGAGCAGGGAGAGGAACAGGUUGGGGAGAGAGGAAUAGAAUAGAAUAGAAAAGAAUAUUCCUUUAUUGAUCCCCAUGGGGGAAAUUUUUUUGUCCCAGCAGCAUCACAGACAAAGAGUGCAAAAAUGCAGUUAUAAAAAUAAAGAUCCUAAUAUUAAGAACUUAAAUAAAUGUAAUAAUCAAGAAAAAAAAUUAGAAAAAGGAAAAAAAGGGAGAAGAAAAAUAAAACUAUCUACAAUAUACAUAAUUUAAAUGCCAGAAAAAAGUGGUGUUGUAAAUCCAGUUAUUAUUACAGUUUGUUUUAAAGUCUUAUUGCAGAGGGGAGGAAUGACCUGCGGUAGCGCUCCGUCCUGCAAGGUGGAAGUCUCAGUCUGCUGCUGAAGGAGCUGCUUAAGGCCCCCACAGUCUGGUGCAGUGGGUGAGAGGGAUUGUCCAUGAUGGAUACAAGCUUUGUUAACAUCCUCUUCUCACCCACCUCCUCCAGGGAGUCCAAAGAACAGUCCAGGACAGAACUGGCCCUCCUGACCAGUCUGUUCAGUCUCUUCCUGUCCCUCUCGGUGCUCCCUGCCCCCCAGCAGACCACUGCAUAGAAAAGUGCAGAUGCUACCAUGGAGUCAUAGAAAGUCCUGAGCAGAGUCCUGCACACUCCAAAGGACCUCAGUCUCCUCAGCAGGUGGAGACGACUUUGGCCCUUCUUGUACAGGACGUCUGUGUUAGUUGACCAGUCCAGUUUAUUGUUGAGGUGGACACCCAGGAAUCUGUAGGACUCCACCAUCUCGAUGUCCAGACCCUGGAUGUUCACUGGAACAGUCUGAGGUGUCCUCCUCCUGCGGAAAUCCACAACCAUCACCUUUGUCUUACUGGUGUUGAGCUGGAGGUGGUUUGUGCCACACCAGUUGAAAUAGUCACUGAUGACGGUCCUGUAUUCCCGCUCAUCCCCUGACGACACACAUCCGACGAUGGCUGUGUCAUCAGAGAACUUCCGGAGGUGACAGCUCCCAGAGUUGUAGCCGAAGUCCGAGGUGUACAGGGUGAAGAGAAAGGGGGAGAGCACUGUCCCCUGUGGAGCCCCCGUGCUGCAGACCACCAUGUCCGAUACAUAGUCCUGAAGCCUCACAAACUGUGGUCUGUCGGUGAGGAAGUCCACGGUCCAUGCGGCUAGGUGACAGUCCACUCCCGGCCUCUCGAGCUUCCCCCUGAGCAGUCAAGGCUGGAUGGUGUUGAAAGCACAGGAGAAGUAAAAAAACAUGACCCUCACAGUGAUGCCGGUAUUCUCCAAGUGGGCCAUGGACCUCUGCAGCAGGUAGAUGACUGUGUCGUCCACCCCGAUGUUCGGCUGGUACGCAAACUGCAGAGGAUCCAGAUGAGAGCUCACCAGGGGGCGGAGGUUCCUCAGCACGAUCCUCUCCAGAGUCUUCAUCAGGUGAGAAGUGAGGGCCACAGGUCUGAAGUGGUUUGGCUCCCUGGGGUGUGCUGUCUUGGGGACAGGAAUCACGCAGGAAGUAUUCCACAGUGUUGGGACCCUCUCCAGACUCAGGCUCAAGCUGAAGAUGUGCAGUAGCACCUCACAGAGCUGGUCUGCACAGUCCUUCAAGAGUCUGGAGCUGAUGCCGUCAGGACUCGUGGCUUUCCUUGGCUUCAUCUUCUUCAGCUCACUUCUCAACUGGUCAGCUGUUAUGGAGAGGCUGGGGGUGGUGCUGGAGGGGGUGGUGGAGGAUGAGUGGAGGGGGGUUGAUGAUGCCGGUGCCAUGGAACUGAGGUGGUGUGAAGAAGAAGCAGCAGACGGGUCGUUGGUUUGAUGAGUAGAGGGAGGAGUGGGAGCAGAGUCAAAUCUAUUGAAGAACAGAUUCAGCUGGUUGGCCCACUCCCUGUCUCCUGCUUCAGGUCCCCUCUCAUGGCCCCUGCUAUGACCUGAGAUGGAUUUCAGGCCUCUCCAGACCUCCCUUGCGUUGUUCUGUUGCAGGAGGUUUUCCAUCUUGGUCUUGUAGCUGGCCUUUCCCUCUCUGAUCUUCUUCUUCAGCUCCUUCUGCACCCUCCUCAGCUCCUCCUUGUCCCCAGAUUUAAAGACCCUCCUCUUCUCCUUCAGGAGGACUUUAAGUUCCGGGGUCACCCAAGGUUUGCUGUUGGAGAAACACCGUACUUUCCUGGUGGGUACGGUGUUCUCAACACAGAAGUUUACAUAGUCCAUGAUGCAAUCUGUCAUGGUGUCGAUGUCAUCACCAUGUGGGCCGCACAGUACAUCCCAGUCUGUGGUCUCAAAACAGUCCUGCAACGCCUCAGUGGCCUCCUCAGACCACCUCUUAACAUACCUGAUGGUGGGGGGUUGUUUCUUCACCAUAGGUAUGUAAAUGGGCUGUAGUCUCACCAGGUUGUGAUCUGAGCGGCCCAGCGGGGGGAGGGGGGAGGAGGUGUAUGCAUCCUUGGUGUUUGCAUACAGUAGGUCCAAAGUUUUAUUGUGUCUCGUUGGGCAAUUUACAUACUGGCUGAAGGUAGGGAGAGUGGAGGAGAGCGAUGCAUGAUUAAAGUCUCCAGAGAUGAUGAUCAGAGACUGAGGGUGUGUUGUAGCUUGGACACUUCACUAUGGAGGAGUUCACAGGCUGCAGCAGCAUCAGCCGAGGGGGGGGUGUAAACAGUUAACGCGAUGACGUGCGAAAACUCCCUCGGCAGGUAAUAUGGCCGCAAACUCACAGCCAGCAGCUCAAUGUCCUUAGAGCAGCGCUGCUCUUUAACACUGACGUGCCCAGCAUUACACCAUCUCUCAUUCACAUACACCGCUAUCCCGCCUCCUUUCUUCUGUGAGAGUGGGUUCAUUCAGCCAUGACUCCGUGAACAUCAAAAGGCUGCACUCGCGGUACUCCCACUGCAGCCAAGUCAGCGCUGUGAGCUCUUCCAUCUUGUUGGGGAGAGACCUCACGUUUCCCAUAAUGAUGGACGGGACAGUUGGUUUAUAACGUCUCCGCUUUGCCUGAUGCUGAACUCCAGCCCUGCAUCCUCUCCUCCUCCUGCAGAGCUUGGCGGGGAUGUCCAGUCUGUCCAACGAAGAUGGCCGGGCUUGGCACAGCGCCAACAGCUGUUCACGGCUGUAAACAAUGGGGCCGCUGAAUGGGUUGCCGGACACAGACUUAAAAACUCCAAAAAGUAAAAGAAAACGAAGUGCUAGAUUCAUGAAAAGCACAUCCAUGGUUGGAAUAUGCAAGACACAACACUGCUAAAUAAAAAGAAAGACAAAUAAGGUGCAAAAAACAACAAUAAGAAGGCAAAAACGUAAAGUCUGUGAGGAGCUGCUGUGACUUGCUGCCACUCUCAGGGCGCUCAGUCACGCAGGUGAGCAGGGAGAGUAGCAGGUUGGGGAGAGAGGAGAGCAGGGAGAGGAGCAGGAGGAGGAGAGAGAAGAGCAGAGAGAGGAGCAGGUUGGGGAGAGAGGAGAGCAGGGAGAGGAGCAAGAGGAGGAGAGAGAAGAGCAGAGAGAGGAGCAGGUGGAGGAGAGAGAAGAGCAGGGAAAUGAGGAGGAAGAGAAAAAAGAGCAGGGAGAGGAGCAGGUGGAGGAGAGAGAAGACAGGGAGAGGAGCAGGAGGAGGCAGGUGUGCCUGGGGUUUUUAUAGGCGGUUUUGUAAAAGCUCUUAAAGGGGACCUGCCACCAAAAAUGUAUUUUUUGCAUUUUUGUGUGUCAGAUUAAGUCCAUAUUAGGUCUGUCUUAUGUUGUAAAUGUGAAAAUAAAUCGUUAUGCCAUUUGCGUUCUGUAAAGAUUUGAAAUAAAGAAACGGGUAAAACAGGCCAAUUGAAAAAGCAGGUCAUUCUGACGUCAAGCUGACCUUGCUCAUUAUUAUUCACGAGUGCGUCCUCGGUUAGCCACACCCACUCACUCGUUCCACUCACUCGUACCCAGUCACAAUCAUCAUCACUCUCCAGUAGGUCUGGGCGAUUAUAUGAUCGUGAUCGAUGAUUGCGAUAAAUUUCAGUCCAAUCACGGUGAUCAGCUGUGAGCAUAUUUACUUGAUCAAACAUGGCAGAAUUGUGUGUCACAACAGCCAAUCAGAGUCGGGCUUUUUUCUGCUCACUUCUGUAAGUUACCGGAGAAGUAAACAGAAUGACCUAACAUGAAGCUAAACGCAGCAAAAUAGAUGUCAGCCGUGUCUUUGAGUCCUCCUCCGAAGAUGUUAUUGUUAAGAAGUUAUUCAACGUCUCUCCAAAGUGGCGUCAAGCAAUUAAGCCGAUAAACCGGCAACAUAACAGAUCUGUUUAAUCAUUUGAAGAAGUACUUCCCGAGUGAUUAUGCGGGAAGCAUGAAAAUGCGAGCAGAGUCUGCACAGCCUGUCACUGCUGACGGUACGAGUAGCAUUAGCAGUUUAGCCACAACUAGCGGUACAGCCACAGACCAAAACAGCGAUCAAUCAUAUCCAUACCUGCCAACACUCCCGUUUUUCCAGGGACUCUCCCAUAUUCCAGACCUAUCUCCCGCCCACCCCCCGUAUUGUGAUUUCUCCCAUGAAUUUCUCGUAGCAUGGUCCACGUUCAUUCAUGAAUCGGAUCACUAUAUUUUUCUAAAGUUUCCAGACAGCUGGAGAUAGUCCUGUGUUUCUGCUGAGCCUCACAGACACUGGAUCGAUACUUUUGCUUUAGAGUUUGGGAUGAUUCAGGUGGGUUUCAGCUGUAAACUAUGUUUAAGCAGUGUUUGUUGGAAAAUGAACACUUCAGUGAAAGGAAAACAAACGCUAAAUAUGCAAGAGUGAUGCGUUCAGGGCACCCUCAGAUAAAAAAAGUGCUGUAUUUCAUGCACAGAUGUUCAGAGAGCCUCAUACAGGAGAGUAUGUAAAACAUAUGAGGACUUAAACACUAAUAUUAGUGGACUAAAUAAGUUAAAGGCAUAUGGUACCUAUUUUUUUUUUUAUUGCCAUUUGUUACUGUUAAAACAAAACCAAAGUGUGCAGCUUCACUUAUACUUAUUUAAGUGAGCAAUUUAAUUACAAAUACUCUCAUGAUUAGCUCAUAUCCACCAUACGAGGUCACCCCAAAACUGCCCAGCGUGCGCUGCAAACAACUCCUGGAUUUUAUAACCCAAAUGUUGGCAGGUAUGCGUAUCAUCUACGUUUACAUCACCUAAUGUUUACAUUUUAAAGCAUCUUCAUUAUCCCUGAGGGGGCGAUUUGUUUAUUUUGGGUCCUGCAUACCUGCAAAAACACUCAGGACUGUAAACUAAUUCACUGUAUUACUUAGUAUUUAUCUACUUUUGUUGUACUGUUGAGUUAAAAUGCUUUUUAUAUUUUUCUCAGAGUAUCUUAUUCAAUUUGCUUUGUUAUUUACUUUGUAUGUUAAUAAAAUGUUGAACUUAUCUCUAGUUUUUUUUUUGUUUUUAGUACAGAUGCUUUAAAACUGGCAGUUUAAAAAAACGUGAUAAUAAUCGAGAUCGGACAAUAUGACAGAAUAUAUCGUGAUCAUUUUUUUUGCCAAAUCGCCCAGGCCUACCCAGUCCUAGGCAUCGAUGUUGAUUUCAGCCUGUUUUAGAACUGCUCCUGUUGAAAUACUGAGCUCCCUGUAAACUCCAACACCUCAAACUUCUGAGUGGAAGUUUUAAAUCUACAUGGCAGCAGCCUUUAGCCAUACUCUCUCCCUGUCUGUCUCUGUUUCACCUGCUCGUGUUGUUGCUAUCUCCAUUUUUAGGAGGUCAGUGAUGACAUCACUCAUGCAUCUCCUGAGUAUUCCAAAUUCCUAACCACAUCACCAUGGCAACAGGAAGAAAAGGUAAGAUGGUCCAGGCCUGUGUUUAAGUGUGUUUUUUUGAGUGUUCCUGCUGACUUUCACUAGUCUGGCUUUCAUACAGCUACUUCUUGCUGCAGCCACUAGGGGGUGGUGUUUCUCCUGAUGAUGUUGAGACACCUUAUUAGGAACCCUGAUUAAAGAGGACUCAUAAAUAGGUCCGAGAAAAAAGGAAGGAGCUAAAAUGAUGUGUUUGCUUCAUAAAGUUAUAAAGUUAUCCUUACAUCUGUUUGUGCUUUUAUUUCCCUUCGUCAUCAGGCUCCACCUCCAAAGGUGGGGUGCAUUUUCCUGAUGAUGAUGAGCCUCCUGGUUCUCCAACACGAAGAGAUGACCAGUCGAACCUCUCCACUCUUAUUGCCACUUUAGAGAAAGACGGCAGCUACUUGGUGAAGGUUUGUCUCUAUGUGACAGCUUGUUGUUUGAAAGCCUGACAACUUUUUGAUUGUUUCUCACAGGCUGAAGAACAAAACUCACACCAGGAAACAGAAUCCGUAUGUCUGUUUUAUAAAUACAGCACAGGGAACAGUCAGCGCUGAGACAAAGGCAAAGUGUGCUCUUCCUCUGUCACCAACUCCCCCAACUCAAGAUCCAUCCCUCUUCUGCUGGAAAUAUCCAGCUUCAUCACUUAUGUGUCUUCUGUCUCUUGUUAAAGCUCCCUCAGCUACAAGAGGCAGACCACAACUAAAUAAAAUGAUCUGAAUGAAAACAGAAAGGUCUUAUCACCACAGGUUUUACAAAUGCAUUUUUUAUUUUGACAGCUUGUCACGUUCAGGAUAAUAGGAAUCUCAAGCUAAUCUGAGCUCUCUGACUCAGUUAAAUAACUUCAAAUCCAGUACUAUGAGUCUUUCUGGCCCAUGAUAUUUAGCAGAUGGAGGACUAUAGCUGAUCGGGUAGUCCUCAGCAUAGCCAAUAUCAAAUACUUACAUUAGGCAUAAACCCUAUCUUUGGAAUUAACUUUGACCAAAUUAGUGUUUUGACCCUGAAGCUAUGUAUUUAUCAUCUUUGGAGCCAACAAGAAGAGUUCAUAAUCAAACUGUCUCCCUGUUGCAGAUGUAGCAUUUUGUCUGAUGGGUUGCUGCAAGUCUGGUCUCUCUUAUUUUUCUGCAAUUUUUCCUCUAUUUUUUCUUAUUUUUGUGGUGUUUUGUUGUGUUUUGUUGGUCGCUGAUGGAUAUUUCUGUUGGGAGCAGAUUGUACUCAGAAAAGAGCUUUUUUCAUCGAGACGAAGCAAAUCUAGACAACAACAUCCAAUCCCAGAUGACAUUAGGAAGUGUUAUCAUGGUUGCCAUGCUGGUGCAAAGGUGAAGGCAAGGUUAAUUGCUAGGAUGUAGAGAUAAAAACCUAUGAUAUAAGCUCUGUGGUUGGAUUCAAGUUUGAAUUGCUGGAGGAUGUGGUCUAUUCUCAAGAACAUGGAUCACCCACUUUACAACACCUUAAUGGACCAAAGGGCCAAUGGUGGUGGAUGACUCCUCUCUCUUCGCUGCAGGAAAGAAAGAUUCAGAAGAUCUUUUGUACCCACAGCCAUCAGACUUUACAACAAGACUGUAAAUAAUAGAUGAUACAAAACUUGAGAACUUAGAAACCCAGACAAUCCAACUUCCCUUCAAGGAUAAAUCAAGUUAUUUUUAUCAUAUCUUUUCUUAUCAAUUUUUUUCACUGGUAAAAAUUGAAUUUUGGUAUUUGUAGAUUUAACACUAUUUUUCUGUGUAAGUUUAUCUUGAUUGAUGAGCCAGCAGCUUGUUUGGUUUGGGUUCAAGUUUUGCUUUGAGCCCACCUUAUAGCAUGCCCUGUAAAAACUAAUGAAUAUUUUAUAUUCAUUUUUGGUUAGUGGUAUAAAUUGCCUGUGUCAAAGAAACCAAAGCUGUAAAACAGGGCUAUUAAAGCAGCAUGUUAAUUUGUUCAAUCAAUUCUCUUAAAUAAAUAAGAGGUAAAUAAAGAAUAAAGUAGAGUAAUUACUGUCUCACUUCAUAGAGUUGGCUUCACUGUUAUAAACCACAAAGGUUUUCAUUCAGGAUAAAGUCAGUACAAUAGCGCCUGUUGAAGCUUAUUUUCAUGGAGACUUUCUUGAUGCUGUUGUCUCCUCACUCCAGUCCUGUGACUGUCUAAACCCAUGAUGUAUAGCACCUUGUGCUGCUUUGUUUCCUUCAUUUCUUUAUUGAAUUGCCCUUUGGGGAUCAAUGAAGUUCUUUUUGUCUUGUCUUAUCUUGUCUUUAGUUGUUCGAUGUCUCUGUCACUCAUCCCUCACUUUUCAGUUUUCUACCUGUGGUAUUUACUGAUGCUAUGAGAAACAUGUUUUUGCUGCAUGUCAACAUCAAAAGGUGAAAUCAUAAACUUGAUAAAGACUCCGUUCCACAGAUUAUUUGAAAUGACGUGAGUGAUGUGGCUUUGCUUUUAUCAUACUGGAGUAAUCACUGCUGGUGUGGGAUCUUGGCCAAUCAGAAGAGAGUUUACAACACAGCUUUAUUCUUUAUUCUUUAUUCAUACGGAUCCCCAUUAGCUGCCACCAAAGUAGCAGCUACUCUUCCUGGGGUCCACAAAUAAAACAAACAAUACAGUACAUAAUUCAAUAAAACAUGUACAGUCUCGCAAAAGGUCAUUCAAGACAAUAAAAGUCCAGUAAAAAGCAAACAACAAACAAACAAACAAACAAAAAAAAAAAAAAAACAAGCAGCAAACAAAUUAAACUAAAAUUUAAAAGUCAGUUAAGAUUACAAUUAAGAUAAGUGUAAUUUGUCAGGUGUCUUUUAAGGAGUCUCUUAAAACUAGCCUUACUAGGUGCUUUAGUGAUCAUUGUUGGUAACGUGUUCCAAAUGGUAAUUGCUCGAUACAUUACAGAUCUGCAGACUGCAUUUGUUCUGUAUUUUUCUUUAACCAUGUCACCCCUAGUAGCCUGCCUGGUAUUAUAAUUAUGACGAUCUCUCACAUACUGUAUUUGCGAGUUCAAACAAACAGAUUCUUUGUUAAAACAAAUAUUCCUAAAGAAACUCACUAAAUUACAAGCCAACCUCUCCUCAACUCUGAGCCAUGAGAGACUAGCAUGCAGUCUCUCAGUGCUCUGCCUUACACCCAAUGGACAGUGCAAUGCCAGCCUUGCAGCUUUGUUCUGAACUAUUUGAAGUUUGGACAGAUGUUUCUUGUCGGCACCUGACCAUAAUGCAGAGCAGUAAUCAAGGUGAGAUAGCACCAGUGCCUGUGUCACCAGCACUCUAGAAGCUGGAGUAAGAAAUGAGGAACACCUUUUAAUGCAUCCUAUACCCCUACCCAUUUUUUUGACAAUGUUUUCAAUGUGUUUUUCCCAUGUUAAAUGUGCAUCGAGUGUGACACCAAGAAAAAGUGCCUCUUGAACCUGCGCAAUGUUUGAGUCUUUGAGUGAUAACCUCAGGUGAUAAUCCUCUCGAGUGGCAUGUCUUGCAGUAAGCACUAAGCUUUUAGUUUUUGCUACAUUCAAAAUAAGUCUAUUUUCACAUGUCCAGUCCGAUUAUAGUUGCAGUUCAGAUUGAAGUGUAUUUCUCAACUCGGAUAAACUGUUUGAUGCAAAAUAGACAGUCGAAUCAUCUGCAAAUAAAGUGCAACCACUUUUCUCUAAAACUAAAGGCACGUCAUUUGUAAAUAAAGUGUGAAGCAGAUGACCAAGGCAGCUGACCUCAGUGAUCUGACCUAUAGGCAUGCUGAAACUCGGAAUUUAAUUGAUUAAUUGAAAAAUAAUGAAGUACCUGCUCGAGAACAACUUUUUCCAUUAGCUUACUUAGCACUGGUAGAAUAUUAAUGGGUCUGCUAUUGACAGCUGAAAAACUCUCACGUUUGUUUUUCGGAAGAGGUAUAACCUUAGCAGAUUUCCAGAUCUGUGGAAAUAACCCCUCCUGCGGACUCAUUAAAAAUAUGACAUAUUGGCAAGGAGAUUAUAUUGGAAACAACUUUAAGUAACCGUCCAUCAACAUUAUCCAUACCAGCUGGUUUAUCAUUGUUUAACCCAUCAAGCAUUUUUUUACAUCAUCAUUUCUUAUCAGUUGAAACUUAAAAACACACUGUUUGUUUCUCAUAAUAAUGUUGGAUAUUAUUUCAUGUGACCUACCACUAACUCUAGGGGAGCCCAUGUCUUUCCUCAACAUAUCAACUUUAUUUGUAAAAUGAUCAUUGAAGUGGUUUGCAAUAUCCUUUGCAUUUGUUAAAAAACUCCCAUUAACCUCAAUGAAAGAAGGUGAGUUACUUUGGCCUCUGCCCAUUAUUUCAUUCAGAGUUUUCCACAGUUUGUUGCCAUCAUUCUUCCUCUCCUGAAUUAGAUUUUGAUAAUAUGCCUUUUUCUUCUUUCUGUUUAACUUUGUGACUUUGUUCCUCAUUAUACAAUACAUUCGCCAUUUUUCAGUUCCUUUAAGAUCUAUAGCAGCUUUCUUCAACUCAUCUCUUUCACGCAUACACUGUCUGAGCUCAUCAUCAAUCCAUGAUGCUUUACUAGAGCCCACUGUAAAUUUUCUUAAUGGUGCAUGCCUAUCUGCUACACCCAGAAAUAAUUCAUUAAAUAACUUGAGAGCUUCUUCAACUCCAUUUAAUGCCAGCACCCGAUUCCACUCAACAUUCUCAAUAUCCCUAAUAAAAUCAUUGUCACAGAAUCUUCUAUAUAAUCUUUUACGCAAUACUUUAGGCCCUGCUUUUGGAGUUUUCGUUUUCCUUACAAUAGCCACAACAUUAUGAUCACUAAACCCCACAGAGACAGAUACUGCUUUGGAGCACAAAUCUAUGUUAUUAGUAAACAUAUGGUCAAUACAGGUUGCAGAUGUAUGUCCAGCAUCAUUGCAAUACACUCUAGUUGGCUUGUUCACCAUCUGAGUUAAAUUGCAAAUUAGUGCAAUGCUAUGCAACUUUUUCCUUAAUGGGCAUCAAGGGUUCAGGCUGGUGGUGGUGGUGUCAUGGUGUGGGGAAUAUUUUCUUGGCACUCUUUGGGCCCCUUGGUACCAAUUGAGCAUCGUUGCAACGCCACAGCCUACCUGAGUAUUGGUGCUGACCAUGUCCAUCCCUUUAUGACCACAAUGGACCCAACUUCUGAUGGCUACUUUCAGCAGGAUAAUGCGCCAUGUCAUAAAGCUGGAAUCAUCUCAGACUGGUUUCUUGAACAUGACAAUGAGUUCACUGUACUCAAAUGGCCUCCACAGUCACCAGAUCUCAAUCCAAUAGAGCAUCUUUGGGAUGUGGUGGAACGGGAGAUUCGCAUCAUGGAUGUGCAGCUGACAAAUCUGCGGCAACUGUGUGAUGCCAUCAUGUCAAUAUGGACCAAGCUCUCUGAGGAAUGCUUCCAGCACCUUGUUGAAUCUAUGCCACGAAGAAUUGAGGCAGUUCUGAAGGCAAAAGGGGGUCCAACCCGUUACUAGCAUGGUGUACCUAAUAAAGUGGCCGGUGAGUGUAUACAUUGCUACACCUCCCCCAAAAAUAUUUCUGUCAUUUCUAAAAAUGUUAAAGCCUAAUAUACCUACUCCCAUAUCUGUAAUCGAGUCAUCUAAGUGUGUUUCUGAGACAGCAAGUAUAUUAAUAUUUUCCCCAUUUAUCAAGGUUGUUAUUUCAUCAACUUUAUUUCUCAAACUAUUAACAUUAAUGUGAGCUAUUCUUAACCCCUUAUUUGGUAGAUUAAGCAUCAUGAUUUUCGGUUCAUGUCCAUACAAUAAUAAUGCUGAUAGUAGUACAGAUUACUGAUCUCAUUUGAACUUCUCGAGUUGCUCAAUGGCACUGAUGCAAAGCCCAUGGGAAUUUUCUGCUGCGCCAUUAAGUUUAAUAAACACCUUGUAACUGGCAGUCCAAGUGGACUGUAUUUUGCCAUUUUUUUUAAGGGCCCUGGCUUUUCUGGCUAUGUCACUAUUUUUUUUGGUGAGGUGUUCAUUUAUAUAUACAUUUGUGCCCUUUAACUUUCUACCUUGUUUCAGCAGGUUUGUCUUCUGUUUCCUGUUUGCAAAUCGUACAAUUAUAGAUGGUAUUACUGGGUUGUCCUUUAGCUUCCUAGCUGGCAGAGUGUGGCAUGCCUCGAUACUGUUGAUGUCAAUGUGGAUGUCCUUACUAUGGAGGAAGGUUGUUACCUGCUCCUCCGUUGUUUCCUCAUGGUCAGGGCUGGCAGAGUCAAGGCAUUUCACCGCCUGGAGGUAGCUUCAUGGUUUAAUCUUCAAACCUGUUAUGAUCACGUCGUUUAAUCUUGAAUAUUGCUCCAAGCUAUUUAGCCUAUUUUCUAGGCUAACAAUUUUCGUGUUCCAGAUUACAUAUUUUGAGCUAUUUCACCUCCCCCAUCAGCUCUGUUAUGAUAGCGUAUUGCUUCAUUAUGGUGUCCACAUUAGAAGACAUCAUCUCAAUUGAUGUCUUCAGCUCAUCCAUGUCCUUUUGGAGCACUUUCAUGGCCAUCCUGGACCCUCCGAUCUAGACCGAAGACGAGUCACACUGCAGAUGAACUGGGGGCCGACUGGGCCUGCCCGACGGUUCUCGUCGCCGUCCGGAGACUUCCAACUGUGCCCGGGGGUUCUGCGGCUGUUCGGUUACCGCUGGGGGGGGGGCUCCGCCUCAGACACACACGCGCGGCUACCGUUAGCAUUAGCAGGCCGUUCAGAUGAAACAGAGUCCAGGGAGAAAAUCCAGAUACUUCAUCAUUUCGGCAGAUUUACAGAGUGAUCUGAACGCUGACUCCAAAUAAGUUCUCAGUGUUCCACAGACGCCGAGCUCUCCUCCACGCUGUCCUCCUGAUCUCUCGACGGGGUGUCUAACUCAGUGUUGCAGUGUGUUUGACCCUAAAUUAAUUUUACAUCGGAGUAUCCCUCUAACAACCUUUCUCUCCUUCUCUACAAUCCGUCUGUGUCAUUAACUUUAAACCAUCAUGUCCCAUUGGAGUCACCAAUUCUCAGUCUUUUCUGGGAGUCCCUGAGCUCCAUCAUGUCAUAGGUUCCUCUGGAUCACUGCUGUAGGGGUGUCCUGUUGCUUUAGAGCAAAUAUGAAGCAUAAGGACAGCUGGGUGAUUGGUCAGAAAGCCAUGUCAUAAUCUUGAUUAAUUAGGGGAACUUUAAAAUUUCCUUGGUAGCACUAUCAUAAAAAUGCAAAGGAAAAAAAAAACUUACUUCUAUCCCAAAACCCAGAAGAAGUUUGUCUUCAGACAUAUAGAAAGCAGAGUUGUCCUUGUUGAUUCUAUUUUAACUUGAGAACCUGCAACCAACCAAACGUGUUUAGAAACUCUAAUUCUGACCUUUUCUUUGAGUUCAGAGGUGUUUGAAGGUGUUCCAACAUUACAUGGUUUGUAGAGCAAGUUCUGCACAGUACAUAAUCUCUCAAUUUACCCUGGAAAAAGGUGAAAGUGGCCUUCCUCAGACUUAUUGCUCCACAGUGUUUGAGGUCUGUGUCUCUCUAGCCUUCAGAUCACGUGUACAGUAGUACUGAACUUAGUUAAGGUGGCAUUUGUAGCAGGGAGGUAUUGAAGAUUACAGCAGAACAUUAGCUUAAGCUCAUGUAAGUAUAAGCUAUGGGACGGACCCUCUGACUCGGGUCUUGGGUCAAGUCUGCUGGUCACUGGCUACGUCAAAUUGAGGACUUUUUUAAUGAAACAAGCACUUCACAAGAUUUGUUUACUAAAGAGUGCACUUUAAAUGCAUAACUGCACACUAAUGACAGAGAAAAGCAGUUAAAAAGUGGCACCGUCAUCUACCUAGCUAUGUGUUCUGUUGUUAUAUGACAGCCUGCAGUACAUUGGAGGUGUUACCACAGGAACAGAAACAGAUGCAUACAUGUUCUCUGGUUGCUCACUUUAUUAACAUCAUGUGUGCAACAAGUACCACACAAAGGUCUCUACCCACACAUGGCCUGAUACAACACUAUGUACUCAACAUGAUGUGGCAGCAAAUGGACACAUGCUUCUUUAAGCGCCAUCUCUUGGGUAAUAUCCCAUAACAGGAUAAAUCCCUCUCAUUGUUGGUCUCAUUGGUGCAGAGGACACAGCUCACUUUUCAGGAAACAAAAAAAGUAUCAGAAGUGCAUCUUACGCACUUGAUUUUAAAAAGUUUAUUUGUUUCCCUACUCUGUUUGUUCUUGGUUUCUGCUCACCUCCGUCAAUCUCUCUCACCAGGCUGGUUUCCUGAAGAGCCAUCACUGCUAUGAAAUCAUCUUCACUGUCCCUGAUGUUCCCACAGUAGGAAAAGAGAUGUCCUGUCUCCCUUCCUGCUCUCCAUCCCGUAAACCUCCCAACCUUCGAAUUCAUCGGAUAAACUCGACAUUAGAAGGUAAGUUUGAACCAUUCAAACAAACAUUUGGACUUGAACAUGGAGUUUACACCAGUGCAUCAGGGCCUGAUUUUAACACAGGUGGCAGAUGAUGGAGGUGAAGCCUCAUCUGAAUUGAACUGAUUCAACAUUUUAUACAUCUCAUUGUAAGGUUUUUGAAGUCGUUUCCACUGUAUGGCUCAGGCCUUGUUCCUGUACGUCUGGUUCUUGCAGGAAAACAGGAACUGCCCUUUGGGAUGACAAAGAGUUGCAGAUAAAAGUCAAUACAAGACAAGUUCAUGAUCAUGCCUAAAAGUACACAUGUAUGGAUGGUUCAGAUAGGGAUAUUUUCCUUAAGUCGAUAUCAGAAACCUCUCAUUGUUUGGUUGACUGGUACUUUGUCUAAAUUUCCAGACCAUCUGUCAUUUAUUACCAAAUCUACCUGUCUGUCUCCUUUUUGUUUCCGUUGUCAUCAGACAAAAACCAUGACUCUGUACAUUAAUGGAAGUUUUGGUUACAAAGCUCUCAUGCCCAGAGAGAGAGAGAGAGAGAGAGAGAGACACAUGAGCUGACCUCUGGGGGUUUUAGACCCUCCUUUCUUUCUGCUAACACAGGUGGAUUAACAGUCAGAUUACUAGUGAGCAGGAUGGCUUAGGGACAGAACUGAUCUCUGUUUUAUUGGAGUCCUGUUUACAUCCUGACAUUAAGGGAGGAAAUGUUGGUCCGUCUGUUCGUUGGUUCACCGGUUUUGUGUCUCAACAGCAAUGCUCCACUGCAAGGUAUAUAUAUAUAUAUAUAUAUAUAUAUAUAUAUAUAUGUAUGUAUGUAUGUAUGUAUGUAUGUAUGUAUGUAUGUAUGUAUGUAUGUAUGUAUGUGUGUACAUGUAUAUAAUAAUUUUCAUUUUUAUUCAUUUUUCAAAAGGCAUGGUACAUGGCAUAUAUUUCACAAGCUGUUGUUUCCAGAUUACAGAAACAUCUGGCACAUUUGUAUUAUGUUGGGAUAUGAAGAUAGACUCCGGUAUUCGAGUCCCAUAAAAUAAAAUAAAUAGGUGCUCACAUCCAGAAAAAAACAGUCUUGUGGAGAGAGAGUUUUGUCACAUCAAAAUAUGACACUGGAUCACACAGUCAUGUGGGAGACUGCUGUCUGUUCAGACCUGUUGUCAACUGCCAUGAAGGUCCAGAAGCUGUCCCAGAGAGUCGCCACUACUUCCUCACGGUUACCUUUUACUCUAAUGAGUUUCAGAUUUAGGGCCCUUGCUUCCUUCCAGUGUCUUAGGAUAACUCGACAGACUGUAAUCAGACUCACAAUAUAAUAGAGAAUGCACAUUCAGAUAUGUUAGGCAUUUGCGACCGGUCCCCUAGCAAACUCAACAAUGGGCUCAAAGGGACCUCAGAACCGGACCAUCUGCUCAGGAUUUUUAACACCUUUUUCCAAAGUGGUUUAACCAUUCCACAUUCCCACAUACAGUGUAGGAAGGUUCCUAUUUCCAAUCUUACAUUUCCAACACAGGUCAUUGUUUAACAACUUCAUACUAUGAAGUCUGGAUGGUGUAAAGUAAUAUCUGUGCAAUACUUUAUAUUGAGUGAACUUACCCCUCGCUUCCUUGAUAUAUUUACCACAAUCUGCAACAAUUUUGGACCAUUUAUCAUCCUCAAUGGCCUCUCCAAGGUCCCGUUGCCAUAUCAUUUUCACAUUCACAAAGUCAGUACUCUGGGCAGAGUUUAACAUUUUAUGAAAUUGCAAAGCUUUAUGGGUCUCCUGUGGUAGUUGCUUAUAGUUUGAAAUUAUAUUAUCAAUCUCAUUAUGUUACUUAGACAUCAAACAGCUUCUUAUCUGCAAGUAUUUCCAGAAAUUUCUUUGCCAAACCAAACCGAAUUGUUCCUUUAUAUGAUUAUAUGACCUGAACCCACCGUUUUCAUACAAAUCACCAAUGGUGCUUAUACCACGGGAAUGCCACUGCCUCCAGUACACAGCAUUCUUCCCAAUACGGAUUGCGCCAUUAUGCCAUAAUGAACAGUAUCCUUGUAACUCAUGUGCAAGUUUUAACAUUUUAUGCAGUCUGAUCCAGACAUCUCUUAAAUGUAAAAGAACUGGGUUUUAGAUAUUGCAUGAGGAUUGAGACAAAACUUCAACAGGAUUAAAAGGUCUACACAGCUCGCAUUCAACAUCCAUCCAACCUACUUUAACCUCAGCCCCCCCCCCCCCAAUAUUUGGCAAUCAUAGCCAUUUCAAAAGAUAAAUGAUACAGUCUAGGGUCCAGAAGGCCCAGCCCACCUUUCUCCUUAUGGGCACAUAAUUUUCUCAGUUUAACUCUUGCCCUCUUCCCAUUCCACAGAAAACUUUUUAUGAUAUCAUCAAACUGCUUAAAAAUAGUGCAUGGAAUCUUGAUUGGAAGCAUUGUGGUGAUGUAAUUAACUUGAGGACCCACUACAAUUUUUAUGGUGCUAAUUUUCCCCAACAAUGUGAGGUUGAUCUUCUCCCAUUUGUCUAGGUUUGUUUUAAUCUUUGUCGUAGUGGAUUAAAAUUCAGCAUCACCAUUUCCUUUGGAUCCUGAGAAAGUUUGACACCAAGAUAUUUCAUUCCCUUGUGAACCCAUUUGAAAUUGAACUUCUCUACCAUAAAUGAAAGGCAAGAUUUGGAAAGGGGCAUAGCUUCAGAUUUAUUCCAAUUUAUAGAGUAACCUGAUAGUUUUAAAAAUGAUUGGAUUGUGUCCAUAGACUGUAUAUAGAAUGGACAGCGUCUGCCUCCUUGCUGGGUGAAGCCACUCCAAGACCAGCACCCUCUGUUGAUGGGCUGCAGUAUAGGUCAUAAAUCCCACCUUCGCCAGCAAAUCUUAUGGGGCUCUGGACAAUUUUUCUCCCCCCUGGUUGCGGUGUUGACAUGUAGUUACAGUAAGACUGGUUUGUGCUCAAGUCUUCUUUUUUCUGUGAAGCUCCGUUUUUAAAAGUUAUUAGGGGGUUCAUGUUUUCUAUUAUUGACACCUGAUGCAGCCUAUUGGCAUUCAGGGAUUGCGUGGCUCACCCAGGGGAUACACUGUUUGAGCCGAGUGUCAUCACAGCAACUCUCGGCGACUCUCCUGCCGAAUGCACACAUCGCGACUGCGCAGCGCUGGUUUUAGGAAAUAAGAAAAAUCCCGGAAAUACCGAGAGCUUCAUAACUUCCAUCUGUUUUGCUACACUCCCGCCAUCAUGCAGUAACUUCUCCGAGGCGUCUUCCAGGUGUGCCAUGCAGGUAAAUUUUGACUUUGAGAGAUCAGAUAGGGAAACUCUCUGAAAAACACUUCUUCUCUUCUCUGUGGGAUAGAAAAGCCUCUGGAUGUCACAGAAACAGAGUUUAUUACUGUAAAGUUGGUAAUACAUUGCACUGUUCUAGUAUUUUUAGACCUGAUAUUGUAAGUAUAACGAUAUUUGGUUGUAUUCAACAGGGUUUUGUACCCCUUCUGUCCCCUGUCCGCUGUGAUUAUUUCCAUGGUUGUCAUUUGUGCUAACUGCCUCUCAUGAUGCAUCAGGUCAUAGCUUUAUGAGAAACGUGGUACUACUUUAAGGGCCUGAUCUACUAAAGGUUUGUGUGUGCAAAAACACGUGCAAACUUGAUAGCGCAUGCAAACCUGAUCUACUAACCGUGUGCACGGAGGAUUGCGUCUGUCAAAUGAGCAAAACAGCGCGCACAGUCGAUUUAGCAUGUUUGCCUUCAUGAAUGCAGAAUGUAUGUAGAUCAUCAGAAUGCACAAAAUACUGGGAGGAGCAGAUGCAAAUGAAAUCAUUUAGCACCUGCAAUGUGAUUUAUCAAACCCGGAAACAGAUUGCGGUCGCUGUUUUGCAUUUAUAUUUAGCAGGUUUGAAAGGCACGUGCAAACUGGAGCAGCAUUACAACACCAUGAUCCUUGUCCAGAAGCUUGUGAUUUAUUUCGUUUUUCUGGUAAAUGACGAUUUUUAUAAAUAAUUGGGUCAAACACGGAACAGACGAAAAAAUUCUGUCUAAUUGAUUUUAAAUCGUUUUAAUCUCUUUUUUGAUUUCUAAAAAAAAAAAGUUGAUGACUCCCACUAUUUUGAACCGGCUCUUACCUGGAACCAGUUUUCAUUUCCCACCCCUGAACAAAGGCCUAAUUGCAAUCAUAAACAUGGUUCAUGGGCUAAGUGACUGCAGCAUAGCUUUGUCAGUGUGAGCAUGUCAUUAGGGAUAGCUUAAAUGCUAGAGAGCUUAAAUGUCUGCAGCCCCUCACACAUGAAUUCUUUACAAUUUUAGGAGAAGUUUCUGGAUAUUUACCAAAUGCAAUUAUUAUGCUGUUACCUCACAGCAAGACUUAUGUCUAUGUUGGUCACUGUCUUUGGAAAUUAUCCACAGGCCUCAUGUAUAAAACAGUGCUUAGAAUCCAGUGCUUAUGUGCCAAAAAUCCAGAAAUGGCGUGUGCAGAAAUAAUCCAGAUGUCUAUAGUGCUGUUCUUACUCAUUGUUCCUUUUAUAAACCAUUAUCUGCCUAUGAAUAAAGGCAUGUGGAUCAGCCUUCUCCUCCAUGCUAGCUCUGCCAAGGCCACUUUUAAGCCUAAAGGAGUAUUUCGUUUGAUCACAAGGGCAGCUCUGGAUCAGUCCACUGCAAUAUGGUAAAUGUGUGGCAGAUAUUCUUGGAAAUAUCGGGAUCUGAAUGUCUGUGAACCAUUGGGGGUUUAUUAAAAGAGGCUUUGAGAAAUCCCCCUGAGGCAAAGAGGUUAUCUAAACAGGAGCUUUUAUGAAGGCCAGAUUGGACUCCAGCUUACGCCCAGACUGUAAGUCCAGCCCUGCAAAGAGUCUAAUUGAAGCUGCGGCUCAGAGAUGCACUCUGCGGCUCAGAGAACUGACACUAUGAUGAAGAGCUGAGUAAGCAACAUCCUGCACGACUCCAAAUGUUUAAUAUACAUCUGAGGCUGAGAAAGAACACAGAAAUGCACCUACCCUCUGUCAACACUUUGUUGGAUGACCCUACACUUUGGAUGACCCCCCCCUUUCUCUUCUCAUCUAUGAAAUAUUGCUUCCCAAAAUUAUCCACCUCCUCACAAAUAAAUGAAGAGAAGAUGAAAUUAGGUUGAAAAAAAAUUGAAAUGAAAUUUCAUAAAACCCCUCCCUACUUCUCUUCAGGAGUUAAAGUCCUGUGUGAGUACAGGACUCACCAGGAGGGGGUGCUGCAGGAGGACGUCACCCUGGUUACCAAAGGGAAGAAAGUCAGCAGUCUGAAGGUCAGACUUCAAGCCAGAGUCAUUGGUAUGUAAUGCACAUACACAUACACAUGCAUGCGCGCGCGCGCACACACACACACACACACACACACACACACACACACCAUAGUAAUUAGAAUGGGCAUUAUCAAGACCUCCUUUUGGUCAUAAUUUGAUUUGAUAUCGAUUCAAUAUUGAUUAAUAUGCUAUGACAUUGAUUCAAUAACAUGCACGGAUGACAGAAAUACUCACGAGUCACUACAAAACUGUCAAGUAUUUGUUGAAUAUAAAACUAAACUAAAAUAACACUUUCGGAAAGUGGUGCAAUGAUUGUGUGGGUUAAGAAAAACAGUGACUCCGAAAAGACAUUUUAGGAUUAUUUGUCAUGGUUUUCUCUGAUUUAUAGAGAAUGAGACAUCCACACAUUAAUCAGGAAUAGGUCAGCACACAGGACAGGAGGACAUUUGCCUGUUGUUUUAGAUGGCCCCAAUGCCUCACACAGGAUGCAAACAAGUAGCAUGCUGUAUAAAUCUCUGAAUCUGAACAACAGCUUUAUGCAAACAGUUGACCUGGAAGCUUUUUUAAUAACCUAUAAGGCCUGUAACAAUAUACAAUUCAAGAACCUUACUAUGCCCAAAGGGAAAUUCAUUUGUCUGGAAUCUGAUUAGAAAUGAUUCUCUGGAAGGACAGCUAACAAACUGUGUAAAUCCAGUCAGGUGAGAGGAGGGUGACAUGGAUGAAGUCUAAGAGACCAGUGCUGCUAAAACUUAGAGCAGGGUAGAGGCAUAUAUGUAAAAUGUUCUCUUGAAGCAACAAUGAAAAGAGUCGCACUGGCACUUCAGUGAGUCAUGACCUGUUUGGCUGUUGCGGAUGGUUCAAUCCCAAAACUGUCUGAAUGGAUACCAAAUUGAGAGAAAAGAAAUUGCAAUGCAUUGAUGAAUGGAUAGUUUUACACCACCUAACAGUAACAGUAAGGACAAACUGAGGUUGUAUGAUCCCUAGAUGUUGACUGAGCCCAGUAAGUGGCUAUCGCACUUCAGAGGAAUAGGAUAUUUGAAGAGGAAUAUUUGAAGUCUGCUCUGCAUACCCUAGUUGCUGAUUGCCUUUGUCCAGUCCUUAACUCUGAUCACCUUGAAACUAAAUUGUCUUUGUUCCAGCUAACAGGCUGUGGUAAAUAUACUGUUGACUUUUAGCUUUGAAACAUCACAAUUACUCUUUGGCCAUGGCCAAUUAUCAGGGCCGAUAUUAAGUUGUUUGCCUUGGUAUUUCAUUGGUUAAUUAAAAAGAGUGCUACUUUGGGUCCACUCUGUGUGUGUUCCCCUCUGGGUCUGUUUUCCUGCACCACUUUGUCUCACUAGUGUCCUGUCCACGACAUGACCUGGCAGUGUUAACAUAACUGGGCUCUAAGUGUAGCUAAUAAACUAUUUAUGUCUGUGUAUGUUGAAUGAUGUUGAAUGUGUCAGUCUCUUUAUUUCACUUUUGCUAAAGGCAUUGAACCUAAGGGUAUUUGUUUUGGGUUGUGCAAAAUUUCAGAUUUAAAUUUCCUCAUUCUAUUGUCAGUGCAUAUUGGUUCAAAAAUCUUUUAUUGGUCUCACUAACUACCAAUAAACAAUAUGGGCUCUGAAAAAAAGAAAAUGACCCCUAUUCUAUACUGCCAAGCUGAUGAGGACUGAUAUGUUCCAGACCACUUCUGUACAUGAACUUAGUGAUCAGAUCUGAAUCAAUCCCUAGGAUUCAGGUGCACGCAGACCUGAAGUUAAAACUAUUCUCUUGUUCCCCCAGUAGAUCAGGUUCAGACAGAGUCAUACACUGCUAACAGAUCAUAAGAAAUGUCAAUGAUAGCUCAAACAGCCAGUGGCCUACCAGAGUGCUUUACAGUAAAAUAUGCAGAAACAAUAAAAACAUAAUACAUAUAAAUACAUAAACGUAACAAAUAAAAGACCCAACAAAAGUAACUAUACUACAUCAAAGGCUAAAGUGAACAGGUGCGUCUUUAGAGAUUUUCUAAAAGUGGAGAGGGUAUUUGUGAUGCGCACUGUCAGGGGUAAAGCAUUUCACAAAGUGGGAGCCACAACAGAAAAUGCUCGAUCUCCUCUAGAUUUUAAAUGGAUCGAGGAACAUCUAAACGGGGCUAGCCCAUUCAGAGACUUAAAAACAAAUGAAAGAAUCUCAAAAUCGAUCCUGUAUCUAACAUGGAGCCAGUGAAGCGAGGAAAGCACCAGAGAUAUAUGCUCCCAUUUCUAAGUCCCAGUUAGGAGAUGAGCUGCAGCAUUUUGAAUGAGCUGCAAGCAGUUGAGCUCUGAUUUGCCAAUGCUGACAUACAGAGAAUUACAAUAAUCUAAACGAGAUGUAAUAAAAGCAUGGAUAACUUUUUCAAGGUCCUUCUGGCUUCAAUACGAUUUAACUUUGGCUAGAAGCCUGAUUUGACCACUGCACUGACCUGUUUGUUAAGUUUAAAAUCACCAUCAAUAAUAAAACCGAGAUUCCUGGCAUGGAAUACAAGGUGCCAGUGAGCCAAGGUGAGCUGGAAAGGACCUGAAUCAGGUCGGGGCAACGAAACAGGACAACCUCUGUUUUGUUUUCGCUUAAUUUUAAGAAGUUGAGAUCCAGACAUCACUCAUGCAGUUAAGCACAACCUGCAGAAAGUCUUUGGUAGGGACCUUAACAGGCAAAUACACCUGUAAAUCAUCAGCAAAACAGUGAAAAGGAACACCAUGCUUUCUAAAAAUUGACCCCAAGGUUAGCAUAAUUGUAGGAGAGCCUGAACUGACCCCUGGGGGACCCCACACAUCAGAGGGGCCACUGUGGAAGAAAACUGGCCCAUGUGCACAGAAAAAGAUCUCUCAGAGAGGUACGAUUUGAACCAGCUCAAGGCAGUGCCUUUGAUGCCUACUCAAUGUUCAAGGCAUGAUAGGAGGAUUGAGUGAUCCACCGUGCCAAAUGCCGCUGUCAGGUCAAGGAGGAUUAAAAAGGCACAGUUACCAGAAUCAAGGUUUAUCAAAAGAUCAUUAAAAACUUUUAAAAGAGCAGUUUUAGUGCUGUGAAGAGACUUAAAACCCGACUGAAACAAUUCACAAACAUUUGCCCCUUGGUUGGUUAAAAACUAUUUUCUCUAAAGCCUUAGAAAUAAAAGGAAGUUUGAAAAUUGGCCUAAAAUUGGUCAAAACCGAGGGAUCAAUUUUUUUGUUUUUCAAGAGAGGCUGCACCAUGGCAUGUUUAAAGGAGGAUGGUCCACAUUCAGAGCUGAGACACUGAUUAAUGAGAGGCAAAAUAAAAGAGUGAAAUGAGUUGAAAACCCCUUUGAACAAACAGGAAGGAAUGCUGUCAGAUGGCCAGUUGGCAGGACAUAAGUGUACCACUAUAUCAGUAAGUGUAGAGAGGGAAACAGGAUCAAACUGCUGAAAGACAGCUGAGCUAGCUGAAGGAACAGUGGGGUCCUGAACAGACUGGGGGGUGAAGACCUAAGAGCAGAAAUCUUAUAGACAAAGAACUGCAGAAAGUCCUCACACAGAGAAGAGGAAGGGCUCUAUUUUCGUGCCUCGCCGACAAGGCGUUCCCAAGCACAAUUUGGUAUUUUGGUGAGAGGCGCAGCCCGGCGUAAGUAUCCCCCCUCCCUAACUCAGCUCCUCCCAGUGGCGUAAGUCGUAGCGAGGGAGGAGAAAGGGCGUGGAGUGGGUUUAACAAAGCCGAGACCUGUUUUCACCAAUCACAUAAGCUCCUCUCCUUGCCUUUAAAUCCGCCACCGGCAAGGCGUAUUACAAUAUUCAUGAAGUAGUCUGAGAGAUCAAGAGAUGUCUGAAGACAGUUAUGCCACACAAUGGCGACAGAAGGCAGCUCCUCAACAAGUGUUGCUGUAAGCGCUGCAUUGGGCGUCCUCCACACUCUCUCAUAUGAGCACAGAUGGAUUUGGUGUGUGUAAUGUUGGACCCACUAGUAAGACAAACAUCCCUUUCCACAAAUAAAGACACUCACAUAAAGUUGCACAUAUUCAAACCUCACGUGACAAAGGUGGGUUGUGCGCAGAGAUCACAUCAUAAAUUCCAAAAAUGGCAUUAAAGUCGGAACCAUCUGUGCGUAAAUGACGCAUCGCGCUCCGUGGCCUGGCUCUUUCUUUCAUAGAUGUUGGCAUAUAAAAUAAAUUUGCCUCACAAAACUGAAUAUUAUAAUAUUCAUAUGUAGGCUUAAAGUAAAUGACUCAUCUGAUCACUGAAACAAAUCAUCUGUUCAGCAGCUGCAGCAAGACGGAGAGAGGACAGGGAGACAUGUCCAGGUUGAGCUGCGCGAGAAAUAAAAGGAAGAGGAAGAAAGAAAGGGAGGGAGACAAAUUAAAUAUCUUGUUAACUUUAUCAUGUGUGUCUAUUUACUAGAUAUUUUAUUUAAUUUAAUACGGUUUCAGCUGUGUAGAUUCAGUCAGGUUGUGUGUCCAAACGUGUGACAAACGCGCUCAUCAGAUCAGAUACAGAUCAGAAUAUACCUUCAUAGAUGGAAAUGUAUGUGCUAACUCAGAUUAUUAGUUGUUGAUGAUUAUUUAUUGCACUGAAAUGUGCCUGAAACUGUGGAAACCUGCAGGUGACGUAUGCCGAUACGCCGCCGGUCUACCAAAAUACCUCUAGACUAGCUGCGCUCCGCCUGCACUGAAAGCUGACCAGGUUUGAAUCGGCGAGCUUUCAGCGCACUUAACAUGCCACUGGCGAGCACGAAAAUGUCACUGCGCCUGCUGAUUCUGUCGACACCUCCCCCUGCCACGCCACCAUGCCCAGCUUGGCGGAUCUCGGUUCGCCUCCGUGCGCCUCAGUCCACGAAAAUACCAAACUGGCUGUACGCCGGGCUCCUCCAGACAAAAAUACAACUGUGCGGGCUCUGCCACCCUCCAUCGCCUCACCAACGUAAACAAAAAUAGAGCUCGAAGGCUCAAUACAGACAGCAACACAAGGAUUCACUAAAGACUCAAAUACUUUGAAAAGCACCUGCGGUUUGUGAGCAUGAGCAGAGACAAGUGAGGAAAAACACUCUGUUUUUGCAUUUUUCACUGCCUGCUGAUAGGUUAGGAGACAGUCAUGUAAGAGAUCCCAGGAAAUUUGGAGUUUGUCCCUUUUCCACUCCCUUUCCGCCUGUCUGCAUGUGCGUCUGAGCGCACAAGUGGACUCAUUCACUUCACUUUUAACUCCUGUCUGUCCCAAAAAGCCUUUUGUUUCUACUCUGUUAGGUUUGCUGAUAUCCCACAGUCUCCAGAAUUUAAUGUAUUAAAGCCUCUUCAUUAAAAUUCAGUCUGCUGACUGCAAAGCUUUUUCUUCUGGCACCUGUUGAAGCAUUUUUUGUAUUCAGCUCUAUUUUUGUCUCAUGAGCCAUAUUUAAACUUCUUAUAUCAGAUCUUUUAUGAUUUUGAAAUGUAUAUAUGUUUUUGUGUCAGUGCUGUAAAUAACAGGAAACUCAUUAACACACAGUACUCUGCCUCUCUCCUUGUUGCCCUCCUCCUUUUCCAUCUCCGUCCAGACCCACAUCACGGGACACCCAUGCUGCUGGAGGGGGUGAGGUGCUUGGGGUCCCAGAGAGACGUCCUCACAAGGCAUGGCAGCGACCGUAAGAGGAUAUGAAGAAAAUGUAAUCACAUAUUGUGUACAUGCAUUUACUGUCAGUCUGCAACAGUGUUGACUGGGUCAAAGCAAGAAAAGCCAAAUGUGUUUCCAGACACAGAAAUUGCAGUAUUCCUAAAUAUUUGAUGGAAGGUGACUAGUUUAUUAAUUACUGCUAUCACAAUCCUUUAUUUUCUGCAACAAUAGAAAACUUCCUUUUGCUCUGAAAGAAAGCUUAAUACCACCAGCUGUCCAGUAAACACAGCCAUGAAGCCCCGGUUUGUGGGGGUUCAGUACACCAGCUAUAGCUAACUCUCAUUAAAGAAUACACAAACACAAACCGAGCCAAGUAGAAACUUAGAUCUGCACAUCACUCAUCACGCACUUUCACGGACUUUACAUUCAUAGUAUGUAACUUUAUAGCAGCACAACCAAGGAAAACUUUGUCUCACACUGUCUCAUAUAACCACUCACUACAGUACAAGGCUUUUUGUCCACAUCCAAAAUAACGCUUCUAGAGUUGCAAAUUUUGCAGUAAUUCAUAUUAUUUGUCCUUUGCACAAAAUAUCAAUGAUGAAUGUCACAUUUAAAACCAGUUAUUACUGUAAUGUUCACUCACUGUAGAAAUCAGCAGACUGGAUUUAGGUGCACUGGUAGGUUGUCUUUUACCGGAUCUGCAUGCGCUCAGAAAACUAUAAAAGGCAUGGCGCAAGAAUAUCUCAAUACAAGCAGUAAUGAUCAGGUACUGGUCAAGGCAGACAGCCAUAACUCACUGUAAAAUGAUACAAUGUCCUAUUCAACCACUGACAACUAUCGAGGGUUAUACAGGUGCAUCUCAUAAAAACAUGGUAUAUUGUAAGAAAGGGGCUCAUAUGAUUCAGUUAGUGAGGGUGAACUCUCACACAUCUUUAAUACUUGAUCAGCGCAUCAAUGUGGUGGAGCAUGGAGAUGAUGAGCCUGUUUCUCCGCAGAGGCUGCUUCGAUCACAUCCUUAGGCUGGUCUGUAUUUUUAAGUUCAGUUGUUUUUCAUUUUUGUGUCAACAAAUAUCCUACUGAUCCUCUAUGGGGUUCAGGUCAGACCAGUUGGCUGGACUAUCAAGCACAGUGACAUCACCGUCAGCAAACCAGUUUAUGGUGGUUUUGGUGCUGUGGGCAUGCCCCAGGUCCUGCUGGAAAUCAGGUGGUCUCAAAAACCUCCUGGUAGACUUUAGGCUGUGUUAACUCUGGACUUCAUAAAACACAGUACACCAGCAGCAACACCCCAACAUGGCACCCCAAACCAUCACAGACUGGGGAAACUUCCCACUGGACUUCAAGCACUUUGGAUUCUGAGCCUCUCUGAUCUUCCUCUAGACUCUGGGACCUUAAUAUCCAAAUGAGACACUAAACUGACUUUAGCCUGAAUCAGGACUUUGGACCACACAGCAACAGUCCAGUUCUUUUUCUUCUUAGUCCAGAUGAGACUCUGAUUACGUUGUCUCUGGUUCAGUAGGGUCUUAGCAGCAGGAACACUUGUAGUCCAUAUCCUGGACUCAUCUGUGUGUAGUGGCUCUUGAUGCUCUGACUCCAGACUCAGUCCAGUCCUGUGGAGCUCCUCUAAGUUCCUGACUCUGCUCUCUUUGUCAGUCCUGUUCAGGCUGUUCUCAUCCCUGUCUCUUGAGAUCUUUUUCCUCCCUAACUUUCCUCUUCAGUCAACUUUCAUGAAUCUGCUUCAUACAGACUCUGGAAACAGCCAGACUUUUCAACAGAACCAUCUGAGGCUGACCCUCCUUGUGGAGGGGUCAGGGAUGGUCUUCUGGAUGACUGUCAGGUCAGCAGUCUGAACCCUGAGUGAUAGAAUCAUGGAAUAUAUAUUGUUUGAAUUAUAAUUUACUCAAACUUGAAAUUGAAUAUUCCAAUAUUUUGAGAUAUGUAAGACUACUUCUUUUGACAUGUAGGUUAUUAAAAUUAAAAAACACUUGAAACAUCCUUAUACAGAAGAAUUUCAGAAUCAAGUUUUAUUGUCUUGAACAACUUCUGGGGGAAAAAAAAAACUUUUUCUCAUUAUUCUAGUUUUUUGAGAUGCACCUGUAGAUCCUUUUUCACAAACGUUUUGGGCACCAACUUUGAUGAUGAUGGUGGUGUAGUUUUGGGCCAGGUUGUUAGGAGACUUUAAUAUGGUUAAGAGUGAUCUGGAUGUGAUCAUGUAUUAAUGUUACCCAAAUGUAACGUACACUGAACAAAAGUGGUAUCAUCUGAAAUUCAGGGUUUAUUAAUUGACAGGGUUGAUGUUGUGAUGACAUUUCAUUUUUAUGUUUAUAUAUUCAGUUCUUAAGAUAGUGCAACACACCAAUUUACUGUAAAAUUCACUCGCUCUGUGCGACCUAAAGGGAUAUAGGUAUGAAGGUAUGUAGGUAUCCCACAGAGAGGCUCAGUGACUGUUCAGAGAUGGUGUGGAUCCAGUCCCACUUAAAAUGAAGGUUCUCUUGAAUGAUAUAUGUAAACAUGUUGGUGAAAUAGUGUCUUUCCAGUUGUUAGUCCUUAGACCUUAGGCUGUGUAAUAAUUGGAAGUAGUGUCUGUGACGUCACCUAUUUACAGAGUUCUGAAGCUUUUUGGCAGUGGUUGCCAUAUUGGAAAAGCUGACUGACUCAACCUAACUCUCAGUCGACCAGAGGCAUGCCUGCAAACAGUUGCAAUGUGCCCACCUGUCAGUCAAGUCGGCUGGACCUCUGAUUUAUUGGUCUUGACCUCACCUUAAGAACUUUGAAACAAACGUGUUCCAACUUUCCUGUACAGUGGGCGCAGUGGACGCUGAGCUAUUAAUUCUGUGUUUGGGUCAAUAUAAUAUUUUGUUCAGGGGUGUAGCACCAAAUUCUGAGCCCUGUACACUCUUAGGGCUCUAUUUUGGUGCCUCGCCGGAGACGUGC